AUGCAAGAUACGAACGAAAAGGCAGAAAAGGCGAUUGAAGCGCUUGGCUGCAUGAAGCCCCAGAACCAGGAAAACGAUAUUUUGAUUCCAGUGUCUUCAAACAUCUUAAUUCCCGGAAAAUUAGAUAAUGUAGAUCACGUUUAUGUGUCAGUCGGAACUGGAUAUGUUGUGGAAAAGACCGUUGAAGAUGCCACGACGUUCUUCACAAACCAAGCAAAUAUGUUGAGCGGCAGUAUAAAAACGAUUCGUUCCCAAGCGAUGUCCAUCGAGGACCAGCUCGUCCCUCUUCAAAGAAUGAUCGAAAUCCGCCGACAGCAGCAAGAAGCCGCUAAGGCCAAACAAUUGCUUGUUUGUUGCAACAAACAUCCUUCAUCAAACAAUCACGUCAUGUAUGGAGUGUUCGGCUGCGAAUUCCCUCCUGGGAGAUUCAGCGCCAUAUAUGGAUUCUGCAGCUCUCUCGUUCGGUCGACCACCUGCCCUGGGAUUCCCCGCGGCGAGUUCAUAACGAAGAACGGCGAGGUCUGUGGGAGAAGUGGGUAA